GGCAGGAAGAAGGGACUGAAGCAAGGGAAGGAGAAAGGGAGAGAAGAAAGAAGGUUGCUCUGGCUUUCUGGAUCUACUUCCUGAAGCAGUUGAGUGGGCCUGGCGAGUUGGGAAGGCCAGAGGUAGUGCUCCCAAGUCCUUGGAAGAAGGCUGACUGUUGAAGCUUUCUUCACUGAGAGAUAAGGACUACGGCAUCUUGGAGGAGCAAGCAGACAGCUACAGGCUUCUACCUGGAGAAAGGGGAGAUCUGAUGGAUGCUUUGUCAGCUCUUUCCUGACUUCCAGAUCCAGAAUCUCCUGCUUCACACAGGGUCUACAUACUGUGAAGCUCAUGAUGGUCCUGAGUGGGGCACUGUGCUUCCGAAUGAAGGAUUCAGCCUUGAAGGUAUUGUAUCUGCAUAAUAACCAGCUGCUGGCUGGAGGACUGCACGCAGGGAAGGUCAUUAAAGGUGAGGAGAUCAGCGUUGUCCCAAAUCGGACACUGGAUGCCACUCUGUCCCCUGUCAUCCUGGGUGUUCAAGGAGGAAGCCAGUGCCUAACUUGUGGAACAGAGAAAGAGCCAAUUCUGAAACUUGAGCCAGUGAAUAUUAUGGAACUCUACCUCGGGACCAAGGAGUCAAAGAGCUUCACCUUCUACCGGCGUGAUAUGGGCCUUACCUCCAGCUUUGAAUCCGCUGCCUACCCAGGCUGGUUCCUCUGCACCUCAACGGAAGCUGACCAGCCUGUCAGGCUCACUCAGAUCCCUGAGGACCCCGCCUGGGAUGCUCCCAUCACAGACUUCUACUUUCAGCAGUGUGACUAGGGCUGCAUCUUCCCCAAAACUUCCUUAGCAGAGGCAGAGUAGACAGUGGUGACAAUAGAGGAGCUCCACUCCUCUCCUUCCCUACAGGACUCCUGCUUUUGACUUAUAAGGUACACAGACACUCUCUUCUCCUGCAUCCCAGUGCUGGUAAAUCUUCUGGUAUUUGGAGCUCAAUGUGUAGAUUCUUUCCAAUUGGAUAGUACUACCUCUGGUGUGGAAUCCAAUAGAAACCACAUAGGACCAACAAAGAGCAGCAUAAAAGAUUCUUGGGGGAGGAAGAGGUAGGAAUUGUUCAUGCAUAGUAAGAUCUGACACAGUACCUCAGAAGUCCUGCCAUUCCCUAUUGUUUGAGAGAACGGGUGUCACCAAAACUUUCUCUGGCUGACUGGGCCCUUUCCCUCAAUCUUGUUGAUAACUGCAGCCUCUCUCAUCUUUGCCUUUAUUCUCUGGCCUGGGACUGAGAGGGUGAUGUGAUGUCAAGAUAGCUGACAGAAGAUGGCUAGGCACACUGUCCUGGUUUGAAACUAGAGGGACAAUAAAAAUCCCUAUUUCUGGUCUCUACUCACAUAAAAAGAAGCUUGUGAACAUUAAGUGGGAAGAGAUUGCUACUAAAUAACAUCUUGUAAUUUCAUCUUAAUUAAAAUAUACUUCUCUAUAUUAUAUAUUUUAAAAAGGAUCUGGAGUGUUUAAAUCAAUUGCAGCCAUGUCCAGGUUGGGGCAAGAUAGGUGACUUUUCUUUUUAUUUGUGCCUAUUACCUUUUCCAUUAUGGAGGUGGGUUAUUUGCAUAAUAAUAAAAAGUAAUCAAUAUGGAA